UCAAGGCCACAGAAAGUGCUUUGUGACAGAGACUUACAGGGUCCCUUAGUGGAGCUAGGGUCUGUAGGUGUACACCAACCUGUGCCUGGGCUCCACGUGUUCUGCAGAUGUCGUCACAUCGGAGUUGGCUUCUAGUGAGCUUCUUUCUCCUUGAGGCUCUUUGCUUGGAGGCUGCAAAGAUCCUGACUAUAUCUACACUGGGUGGAAGCCAUUAUAUAUUGAUGAGCCGUGUGUCACAAAUUCUUCAUGGAGAUGGCCACAAUGUGACCAAACUUCUUUAUGAAAGAAUUGUUAUGCCAGAUUUUACAAAGGAAAAACCACCAUACCAGGUUAUUAAGUGGUAUCUACCUGAAGAUCAGCAAAAGAAAAUUCAUAAUAGAGAGCAUCGACUUACAGAAGAAUUAAUUUAUGGCAGGUCCGAACAUCACACCCUUUUAAAGGUUCAUGAACACUUUGGGGACUUAUGCAAUCACUUAUUAAGGAGAAAGGACAUCAUCGAAUUCUUAAAAAAUGAAAACUUUGACCUAGUAUUUCUUGAUUCAGUAGACGUCUGUUCUUUGCUGGUUGCUGAGAAGCUUGGGAAACAGUUUGUGUCCUUUCUUCCCACCAUAUUUAGUGCUAUGGACUUUGGGUUACCAAGAGCCCCCUUGUCCUAUGUUCCAGUGUAUAGUUCUGGUCUAACUGACCAAAUGGACUUCUGGGGUCGAGUGAAGAACUUUCUAGUGUUCUUGGAUACCUCCAUGAAGCGAAGGGAAGCCAUUUCUCAAUAUGACAAUACCAUUCAGGAGCAUUUUGCGGAAGGCUCUCGGCCAGUGUUGUCUGACCUUCUACUGAAAGCCGAGCUGUGGUUUGUCAACUCUGACUUUGCCUUGGAGUUUGCACAUCCCCUAUUUCCUAACAUGGUCUAUGUGGGAGGCUUACUGGACAAACCUGUUCAGCCAAUACCCCAAGACUUGGAGAAUUUUAUCUCUCAGUUUGGAGACUCAGGUUUUGUCCUUGUGGCUCUAGGCUCCGUAGUAAGCAUGCUUCAGACCAAGGAAAUAAUUAAGGAGAUGAACAGUGCCUUUGCUCAACUCCCUCAAGGGGUGCUAUGGACAUGUAAGGAUUCUAAUUGGCCCAAAGAUGUCACAUUGGCCCCAAAUGUCAAAAUCAUGGAUUGGCUUCCACAGACUGACCUUCUGGCUCACCCUAGCAUUCGUCUGUUUGUCACCCAUGGAGGGAUGAACAGUGUGAUGGAGGCCAUCCAGCAUGGAGUACCCAUUGUGGGGAUUCCAUUUUCUACUGACCAACCUGAAAUCAUGGUUCGAGUAGAAGCAAAGAACCUCGGUGUUUCUAUUCAGAUACAGACGCUCAAGGCAGAGACGUUUGCGCUCACAAUGAAAGAAGUCAUAGAAGACAAGAGGUACAAGUCUGCAGCAAUGGCCGCCAAGAUUAUCAGGCACUCCCACCCACUGACCCCUGCCCAGAGGCUUGUGAGCUGGAUAGAUCACAUCUUGCAGACAGGGGGUGCAGCACAUCUCAAGCCAUACUCUUUUCAGCAGCCAUGGCAUGAGCAUUAUAUGCUGGAUGUCUUCCUAUUUCUGCUAGGGCUCACACUGGGUACCUUGUGGCUUUUUGUAAAGGUUCUUAAAAGCCUUUACAGGUAUCUGAGUGGAGUGAGGAAGGUCAAGAAGGUAUAAUGCUGGGCUUGGCUCUGGUGUGGGGAUGGGAGGUCUGUGGCUCUUCAGAGGCCUUUCAUAACUCAGCACAGAGCAACUCUAGUAUUCUCUGCCUCUUCCCUUUUCUACUGAUGCUCCUGAGUUGGUACCUCACUACUUCCUUCUCUUUACAUCUUGUUUUCCUCUUAAGAACUUCAUCCUUACUUAAAUAUAAACCAUUUGCAUCAUCUCUUCCUCCUCCCACUUAUUUAUCCCAAACAUAUUGCUUCAGUAGGCUGGCCUUCUCUGUGGCUCUUCAUGUUCUUCCUCUCUUUAUCCCUUUUAUUAUUUGGGAUUAAAAACAUACUUGACAAAAUAUUUUCUCUUGUUCUUCUUCUCUUUUCCUGUAAACACUCUUUAGAGUUCAGAACACCUGCUCAGCCUUACUCUACUGUGUCCCUUAGGCAGGGAUAACAAUCAUUCUAUACUCUAAAUACAUUUAUCUAAGAAGGUGUGAAGUAGAAAAAAUAUAGUAAUUAUUGUGUGGCAAAAAUCAGAAUAAAAAUGAUAUGCAACUGAAAUAUUGGAAGAAAA